GGACUUAAAUUUGCUGACGUGCCAAACGGACUUGCGGCAAUCUCCAAGGUGCCUGCUGCCGGUUGGGGACAGAUCUUGGCCUACAUGGCAUUCUGCGAGGUUUCCCAGGAUCAAUCUCCUGGCACGCCUGCUGCGGCUGGAGACUUUGGCUUCAAGGUCUUGACUUCAUCAGAUCCUGAGGAGAAAACCAAGAAACUUUCAGCCGAACUUGCCAAUGGCCGCCUUGCGAUGAUGGCCAUCAUCGGGAUGUUCUUUCAGGAUGGUCUGACUGGAAGCGCGUGGGGUGACUGGGCCAACUACACAGCCUCCCCGCUCCGGGCUUUUGAGAAUGAGCUGGGUGUGCAGGCGCCCGUGGGUUUCUUCGACCCUUUUGGACUGACCAAGGAUGGAGACGUGGAGGCCUUCAAGCGCCGCCGCGCAACAGAGCUGAAGAACGGACGAGUGGCCAUGUUGGCCACCAUGGGCUACAUCGUCCCGGAAUACUUCCGCUUCCCAGGAUACUGCUCUCCCACUGAAGGGGUGAAAUUUGCUGAUGUGCCCAAUGGCUUGGCAGCACUUGGGAAGGUGCCUGCAGCUGGGUGGACACAGAUCUUCCUCUUCCUUGGUCUGGUGGAGAAGGGAAUCUACACUUAUGAUCCUACUCGUUCCCCUGGCGACUUCAAGAGUGCAGGUGUGCUGGGCGCGCCCAACGGCAGCACAAUGGUGCCUGGUGAGGGACGCACUCGCAAGCUGAACUCCGAACUCGCCAACGGGCGCCUGGCAAUGAUGGCAAUCAUUGGCAUGUUUUUUCAGGAUGGCCUCACUGGCUCUGCCUGGGGGGAUUGGGCAGCGUACACCGAUUCCCCUCUGAGAGCCUUCGAGAACGAGCUUGGUGUCCAGGCCCCAGUGGGCUACUUCGACCCCAUGGGCUUGGCCAAGGACGGGGACGUGAAGACCUUUCGCCGCCGCCGGGAGAGCGAGCUGAAGAACGGCCGUGUGGCGAUGUUCGCCACUAUGGGCUUCAUCCUGCCGGAGUACUUCCGCUUCCCUGGCUACCUCUCGCCUGCGAAGGGGCUCAAGUUCGCUGAUGUUCCAAAUGGCUUGGCAGCACUCUCCAAGGUGCCUUUGACUGGCUGGAUCCAGAUCUUCCUCUUCUGUGGCAUGGUGGACUUCGGCCUCUACAGGGCAGAUGAUUCUCGAGACCCUGGAGACUAUGAGAACGCCGGCAUCUUGGGCGUGCCCAAUGCCAGCGGCCCCAUGAGCGACGCCGAGGGCCGCAAAAGGAAGUUGAACUCGGAGCUGGCCAACGGCCGCCUUGCAAUGGUGGCGAUCACUGGAAUGCUCUUCCAAAACGGAUCCUUGCUGAAGAUUGAGUCUGGCGCAAAAACUGGGGGAACGGCACUGCCUCAUUUGUGAGGUUCACAUUCACUGGGAAAAUUUGGAAGGGAGAAGGACGAAGGAGGGAAAAAGGCAAGGUAAGGAUUCCCUGUAAGGAACCCUGAAAAAAGGGGCACUUAUAUACCAUCCAUUUUUUCUCUCUUCUAUUUUCUACUUAAAAGACACAUGAUGACAGGUAUGUGGGUCCUGGGUCGCUCCUUGACUCGCGGUUCGGUCGUCCGCUUUGGUAUUCAGUUGUUGUCUUUGCUAACCAUUGUGGAUCAUCCCGAAUCCCGAAGCUGAUCCGCAUGACGCCGCAUGCCCAACUUUAACGGGGCGGUAUAUUCGAUGGUUCUGUAUCGUCAAUAUGUGGCGUACCCCCAAUCUGCCAGAACCUGCCCCUCAAUUCCUUGGUUGGAUUCCGAGCCCAGUGCAGUUCUGACCUUAUUCUUCAACGGACUUGACCUUAAUUUCUGAGAGGUCUUCUGCUACAGGUGAUGUUGGAAGGUGGUGUGUCAAAGUCAAACAAGGCAUGGUUUGACUGCCAACAAUUUCCCGCUUGCCCGUGGUCCAAAACGCCUAC